AUGGCCGUACUUACGAAAGUUGAGUAUGUCUUGUCCCAGAAAGGUGCCCCACAAGUUCUCCUAGACGGCUACACGUAUGCUAAGAACAGGACGAAGAAUGAAAAUGUGUACUGGAGGUGUGUGAACAGAUCCUGCGGUGGCAAGUGCACCACAGAGAAUACGUUCGCGGCACGAAGAGGGCCAGGGAGAUUUGUCAACGCCACAAGAAAGAGGGCCAGUGAGAUUUGUCAACGCCACAAGGAAGAGGGCCAGGGAGAUUUGUCAACGCCAGAAGGAAGAGGGCCAGUGAGAUUUGUCAACGCCACAAGGAAGAGGGCCAGGGAGAUUUGUCAACGCCAUAAGGAAGAGGGCCAGGGAGAUUUGUCAACGCCACAAGGAAGAGGGCCAGGGAGAUUUGUCAACGCCACAAGGAAGAGGGCCAGGGAGAUUUGUCAACGCCACAAGGAAGAGGGCCAGGGAGAUUUGUCAACGCCACAAGGAAGAGGGCCAGGGAGAUUUGUCAACGCCACAAGGAAGAGGGCCAGGGAGAUUUGUCAACGCCAUAAGGAAGAGGGCCAGGGAGAUUUGUCAACGCCACAAGGAAGAGGGCCAGGGAGAUUUGUCAACGCCACAAGGAAGAGGGCCAGGGAGAUUUGUCAACGCCACAAGGAAGAGGGCCAGGGAGAUUUGUCAACGCCACAAGGAAGAGGGCCAGGGAGAUUUGUCAACGCCACAAGGAAGAGGGAAGAGGGCCAGGGAGAUUUGUCAACGCCACAAGGAAGAGGGCCAGGGAGAUUUGUCAACGCCACAAGGAAGAGGGCCAGGGAGAUUUGUCAACGCCAUAAGGAAGAGGGCCAGGGAGAUUUGUCAACGCCACAAGAAAGAGGGCCAGUGAGAUUUGUCAACGCCACAAGGAAGAGGGCCAGGGAGAUUUGUCAACGCCAUAAGGAAGAGGGCCAGGGAGAUUUGUCAACGCCACAAGGAAGAGGGCCAGGGAGAUUUGUCAACGCCACAAGGAAGAGGGCCAGGGAGAUUUGUCAACGCCACAAGGAAGAGGGCCAGGGAGAUUUGUCAACGCCACAAGGAAGAGGGCCAGGGAGAUUUGUCAACGCCACAAGGAAGAGGGCCAGGGAGAUUUGUCAACGCCAUAAGGAAGAGGGCCAGGGAGAUUUGUCAACGCCACAAGGAAGAGGGCCAGGGAGAUUUGUCAACGCCACAAGGAAGAGGGCCAGGGAGAUUUGUCAACGCCACAAGGAAGAGGGCCAGGGAGAUUUGUCAACGCCACAAGGAAGAGGGCCAGGGAGAUUUGUCAACGCCACAAGGAAGAGGGCCAGGGAGAUUUGUCAACGCCAUAAGGAAGAGGGCCAGGGAGAUUUGUCAACGCCAUAA